UACAAGCUCUUUCGAGGCUGGAGAGCGAGAAGGAAAGAGGAAGGCAGAAGAAGCCACAACAUCUGAAAGUUCUAAAGCUGUGAUCGUGGGAGGUGAUGCAUAGCCAGACAUUUUGGACGGAAAACCAAUCGCGCAUCAUGGACAUGGAGAGAAUUGUCUCAUGUUCGCACAUGGGAGGGCUACAAAUAUAAUGUUGCUGUGCUCCAGGUCGUUUUGGAAGUGCAACCUCAAGAGCUGAAACAUCUAUGAGCAACUCCCUCAGGAGAGGUAAUCUGCCAAUGGAAAAGGAACAUGAGGACUCCAGCUGGUGUAUCGCCGUGGAAAUACUUCACGUCUAUGGCUUAACAAUACAGCAGAUUUUUUUCCCCACAAUUCGUUCUCUUUUUUAAUAGUAUAUUUCCUGAGGGUAUGGGGCAUCCGGUGCACGGCCCCUGAGCUUUUUGGCCUGCUUUCCUGCACCUCUCAGCGGCUACCAGUGACAAUGCUGACCGAGCCUGCAAAACCACAGAGAUCAGAGCCCAGACCACAACGAGGCCCGCCGGAAUCUUCGCAGCACUAUGUCCCAGUCAGACGUGGCUCCACUGGAGGCUGACAGCUCGCUAUUCGAAAGCUUUGGGGUUCAGUUAAAGUGGGCUGCCCUGCUCAUUAUUCUGGUUAUCAUUCCCACCAUUGGUGGGAACAUCUUGGUCAUCCUUGCAGUGUCACUUGAGAGGAAACUGCAGAAUGCCACCAACUACUUCCUGAUGUCACUUGCUGUGGCUGAUUUACUUGUGGGACUUUUGGUGAUGCCAAUUGCCCUGGUCACUGUCCUCUACAAUUCUGAUUGGCCCCUUCCGGACUUCAUCUGUCCUAUUUGGCUCUUCCUGGAUGUGCUGUUUUCGACUGCAUCCAUCAUGCAUCUGUGUGCCAUCUCACUGGAUCGCUACUGUGCCAUCAAGAAGCCCAUUCAGCACAGCCAGUACAAAUCCAGAUCCAAGGCCAUGGUCAAGAUAGCACUGGUGUGGCUUAUAUCCAUUUGUAUAGCAAUCCCGAUUCCAAUCAAGGGACUCCACAACUACCAACCCGGAAACAACAUCACCUUCAACAGUAACCACACAUGCCAGCUUAAAACGGACACCUUCCGGGAAUUCAUCAUGUUUGGCUCCAUGGCAGCAUUCUUUGUUCCACUGAUCAUAAUGAUGGUCAUCUACCUUCUGACUGUCCACGUGCUGCGCAAAAAGGUUGAUUUACUCAGGUCUAAAGUGAUUCAGCGCUUUAGCCACCCGGCAGUGUUCACAGUAUUCCAAAGGGAGCAUCCUAGGACUGCGAAUCAAGUCGACCAGUUUCAUGUGCUGGACAGGAUUUCCAAGAUGGAAGAAACCCCUAAUGUAGGCACAGCAAGGCCUCCUUAUGUUGGUGAAAUCCCAUUCCGCAGAAUGUCCACCAUGGGGAAGAAAUCAAUGCAGACUCUAAGCAACGAACAGCGUGCCUCAAAGGUGCUGGGCAUAGUUUUCCUCCUGUUUGUGGUCAUGUGGUGUCCCUUCUUCAUCACCAAUGUCACCUCGGUGCUAUGCACCAGCUGUGAUGUGAACAUCAUCUCCCGGCUGAUGGAGAUCUUUGUGUGGGUGGGCUACGUCUCAUCGGGCAUCAACCCGCUGGUUUACACGCUCUUCAACAAGACGUUUAGGGAAGCAUUCGCACGCUACAUUACCUGCAAUUAUAAGACCUACACGGGGCAGCAGCUGGACAGAAAUCCAAAAGUCUCAAAUGUUUCUCGGACUCUUACGAGGAUUUCAUUCAGAUCAUCCAUGGCUGAAAACUCCAAACUAUUUAUGAAGAAGGGCAUGAGGAACGGCAUUGGGACAGUGAACCACCAAAGUUCGCUAAGAUGCCAGCCACCUGCCCAUUCAUCUAGCGGUGUUGUGUUAAACACAAUUCAUUUUGCUGACAAUUAUGAUGCCAAUCAGGAAGAACAUAUGAGCAAUCAGGAAGAAGAUAUGAGCCGCCUAUGAAUCCAAUCAAAAUAAAGGAGCAAGAAGCGGCUUGGAUUGUGCUGAAAACCUUCCAUUACAAGACUGCAAAAUGAGGAAUUUUGCCAUCUUAUAUUGUCAAAAUUUGUUUACACCACUUGUGAUAUAGCGAAACAAAAGAGACUGUAACCUUUCAGAAAAGAAAACUUCUAACCAUCUAGUAUAUCUUAUGCUAAUAAACAGAUCGUUCACUAUUACGAGAGACCAAAUAACAUUCGAAAGUGUUUAAAACAAACAAAUUAGAUAAUCAGAUAAUGCAUGAAAUUACUUGAGUGGGUUUAAAAAGUGAAUGUGAUGUGAUGUAUUGCGCCCUGUCAACUGUACAGGAAAUAAAUGCACUUAAUUUGGGCAAUGCAUUGUACAGUACAACCAUCUCAGAUCAAAUGUAGCUACAUCUCUAGAGAUGAUGCAUUUUGUACUGCCAAUAUCGUACUGAUAUGAUCAAAUGUUUUUGUAGAAAAUAGCUCAAAAUAUGCAAGGACUACAUUACUAAGAACACGGACGGACAUGCUGAAUAAAAUGUAUUGCUCAAC